GGUGUGCGGUGUUGGUCUGCCGUACUCAGAGGAAACCAAAUGCAAAUUGCUACAUUUUGUAGAGGUCUUAGUUUUCAGUCUCCUUUUGUUAUGAAGUUGGAGACUUGCUGCAAGAAGCUGGGCACCAAGUGGAGGCCAAGGCUGUUUAGUAGCCUGCUUUAGUGAAGGAGGUGGAAUGCUCACCACAGCACUAACCAGAGGAAGUUGUCUGUUCCUCAAGGUCUUUGUGAGACUUCCGGUCGUUGCAUCUGAUGGAGCAGUUUGUGCCAGAGGGACAGAAAUGCUAUAUAAAACCAAUGAAGACCCUGCUGGAUCAGUACUGAAGGCAACCGCAUCCAAGCUUGUCUUCAUCAUGGGUUUCAAUCUCCUACUGAAUGCUCAACUGGAUUCUGCCUACCAGCUGAUGUGUUACUUCAACAACUGGCCUAAGUAUCAGCCAGAUGUGGGAAGUAUGAAGCUUGAUGAUAUUGACCCAUGCCUGUGUACUCACCUAAUGUAUUCUUUUGCUGGGAUUUGGGAAAAUGACAUCACCAUGACCAAAAGGAAAGAUUUGGAAGACUACAAAGAUUUUAAUGCCUUAAAAAAGAGAAACAGCAAGCUGAAAACACUCCUGUCUAUUGGUUGCUGGAACUUUGGACCUGGCUCUUUUAUCACCAUGGUGUCCACUCCUGAGAGCCGCCACUCUUUCAUCACUUCAGUUAUAAAAUUUCUGCGAAAGUAUGAAUUUGAUGGGCUUAACUUGGCUUGGCAAUACCCUGGCUGUUAUGGAAGCCCUCCUAGGGACAAACACCUCUUUACUAUCCUGAUGCAGGAAAUACGUAAAGCUUUUGAAAAGGAAGUGAGAAAGAACAAAAAAUCCAGGCUGAUAGUCACUGCUGCAGUUGCUGGUGUUAUCCCCACAAUCCAGUUUGGCUAUGAGAUACCCCAACUGUCACAGUCCUUGGACUAUAUUCAAGUCAUGACCUAUGAUUUCCAUGGAUCUUGGGAUGGCUACACUGGAGAAAACAGUCCUCUCUAUAAAUCUCCAACUGAAACUGGAGUCAAAGCCUUUCACAACAUUAAAUACAUUAUGAACAACUGGAAGAACAAAGGGGCAUCACCUGAGAAGCUCAUUGUUGGAUUCCCAGCAUAUGGACACACUUUCAUCCUGAGUGACUUCACCAAAACAGAAAUUGGUGCCCCUAGCAAUCGUGGUGGCCAUCCAGGACCCUACACAAAGAAAACUGGAUUCUGGGCCUAUUAUGAGAUUUGCACAUUCCUGAAAAAUGGAGCCAUUCAGAUCUGGAAUGCUGCUCAGCAAGUGCCCUAUGCCUUCCAUGGCAAUGAGUGGGUUGGUUAUGACAAUAUCAAGAGCUUUCAUAUCAAGGCUCAGUGGCUUAAAUUGAACAACUUUGGAGGUGCUAUGAUUUGGGCCAUUGAUAUGGAUGAUUACACUGGCUCUUUUUGUGAUCAGGGCACAUUUCCCCUGACCUCCACCUUGAAGAAAACCCUCAAAGUGCAGAGUGCAAGUUGCAAAGUUACUGCUCUUCCAGCCAAUGUGACUGGUAGCAGGAACAACAGCUCUGGGGCAUUGGAGCCUGUGUUGCAACUCAGUAGCAAAUAACACAAGUAGCAUCUGGCACUGCCUGAAUGGAAUCACAUUCCAGAACUGCCAGGCAGAAUCUGUCUUCAAGAGCAGCCAACUUUGCUGAGCUAGACAAGACCACUAUCUGCUACCUUUCUCCAGGGGCUCUGUGUAGUGUCUCUUGACCUUUUCUUGGACCAUCUUACUUCUACCUAAUGUACUAAAAUAAAAUAAGCAAUCAGAACA